AUAAAAUGACAAAUCGAUGAAAGUGGAAAAAAAUUCUGAUGAAUAUUGAACACCGUACUCUUAGACCUUUGUGUUCUUUCCGUUUUGUCAUGUGGGUUUGUCACAUGACUUUUCCAAAUCUCGUGAUCAACGAACACAACAAAAGCUCAGUCGCACUGAGAAUUAGUGAGAAUAAGGUUCUGUGAAACGUGAAGAAGGUAAGUAAAAUAUUGGGUAUGGUAUAGUUAAAGGCUUAGGUACCGGUAAUUUAUUGUUGUUUAUGUACUUUACAAUAAAUGGUUGGUUCAUUUUACAACUGUAAUUUGUAGGCUAUACUUAAUACUUUGAUCGAAAAAAUGUUUUCAAAACCAAAAUCAGGAAAGUUCGGCUUAGUUCGGGGGUAUGCUCGCCUGAGGCUCAGGUCUCAGUCAGCAGACAUUUUCAUUCAGACAUUUAAUAAUUAUGCUUAAUUACUAAGUGUAAGUUAGUAAAUAAAGUUGGUAAAUGUUGGUUUGGCGUGCCAUUCAGUUACCAUGGCCGCCACCUUGAUUGCCACACGAGGUCAUGGCAACUAAGAUUAUAACGGGCUGUAAAAAAAAGGUGCAAACACAUCUGCUAGGCCAGCCAGGGAAACAGAAUGAGCUGAGAAUGUUAUGUUUUAUUGGCUACUUACAGAGAGGAAAGAUAAAUAGGAACAAAGCCUUAAAAUUUAAUCAAAUAAAUUUCAGUCCAUUAUUUAAUUUUGUGGAGAACAUAGUAACUUCAUUGUAUUCCUCUAGAUUCUAGAUAAUAGAUCAUUAUGUGGCAAGAGUUGUCAACAAUCUGCGGUCGCCCCCUUUUCUGUGGUAAUUUCAGCGGGUAGAUAAAUUUCAUUGCGAAGGUAGCAAAUUUAGUGCAUCCCUGUAGCUGGUGUAAUUUCAGCUGUUACAUUAAUUUCGUGGCGAACAUAGCAACUUUAUUGUACACAUUUGAUGGUCUGAAGCAAAAAUUACCCAUGGGUGGGCAACCGACCUUAUUGAAUAAUGAUUCAAUGCUCAGCUUAUUUUACUUAUACUUCGAAAUGCACAGUACUACAAGGUAUCUUACUUUUUUUUGGAUUAGGUUUGUCUUGUUAUAUUACUAUAUGUCAUGUAAGCACUAUCUUUUUGUUUUUAAAGUUUAGGAUAAGGCCCACAUGACAUCAUACAAUAUCAAAACUUGACAACCCAAUCCAUAAAUAGUAAUAAAUUAAAAAAAUAUAGUUCCAGAAUCACCUGAAUUUUAAAAAACAACAAAUAAACUCAAAAUAUGAGCUUGAAACAGUGCUUUAAAAAGGGUUGUGCUGUAAAAAUAGGUUGACUGGAGUUGCCUUUUUCAGUUUCUUUCCAGCAUUUACUUUUGUUACAAGGAAGUAGAAGAGCUGGGAUAUUUAAAAAAAAAAUAACUUAUAAAUAAAUUUCUAAGUUUUAUAAUUGUUCAGUCAUUACUGGGAAGGUGGUGAAAAUUUUUAGCUAUUUUUAUUAACAAAACAAAGUAAAUUACAAUAUAAAUAUUUUUUCACUUCUUGGAAUUUGAUGAUUUAGUUUUGUCUAAAGUGCAAUCUCUUAAAUGUGAAAAAAGACUACAGCAAACCAAAUAGUGUUAUAAAAGUGUCAGAAUUAUUAUUCACUUUGUUAAUUAUCUUGAAAUAUCCUCAAUAUUAGUGAAUAAUAUAGGAUACCGGUAAUGUAUUUACAGGAUUAAGUAAAGUUUAACCAUGUUACUGUUUGUCUUGGCAUUGUGCCUGGUCCUUGCUACAUCUUCUGCUCAGCUGUUGCGCCCAGAUUUUGGUAUUCUCAAUGAAGAUGAGAUUGACUACAUCAACAAUGCUGCGAAAACAACAUGGAAGGUUUGUGUUUAAAACUGGAUUUUGUAUUUUAUAUAAAUCAUGUAUGGUUGAUAUUUAUAAAGUUCUAUUCUAUUUUAGCAAACUGAUCUGAAUUAGUGAUAACUGUUUGUGUGAUAACAUUGUUUAUGCACUUGUCUUUUAAAUUUUAAAAAGAAAAAAAAGGGGUGAUUAAUUUUUUAUUGCUUUCUAUGUAGGGGUGGUAAUAUACACUAUAAAAGGGAAAUAAAACAUUGUACACAUUGUUGAGGCAUAAGAGUAUAAAUUUUUUAUUAAUUUAGGCUGGUCGCAACUUCCACCCUAAAGAUUACCUCCGUGUGAAAAAAAUCCUUGGUGUUCCCAAUAUGGCCAAAGCAGAAUAUCUAGCCCACCAGUUGCCUAGACAAGAGUUUGAACGAAAGCUGAACUCUUUCCAACUUCCAGAAAACUUUGACCCCAGGGUGCAAUGGCCCAAUUGCACAUCGCUCAAAGAAGUCAGGGACCAGGGCAACUGUGGAUCCUGCUGGGUAAUUACAAUUUUUAUAUUCCAUUUAUUUGUCCUGCCUGCCUAUAUUACCUGUCGCUUAAUAUAAAAAAAUGUAUUAGAAAAAAGUAUAAAUAUAAUUUAAAGUGGCUAGGUAUUCCUAUAUGCAUUUAAAAAAACAUAAGAAGAGACCCAUGACUGACUGAUAAAAAAAAAAUGUUAAGAACCCCUGUGAUAAGUCCAAUUGAGGAUAGCAAUUUUUUGUUAUACAGUUAAAAUGUCAAUCUGCUGGUGUUUAACAGUUCAGUGUUUUUCAAAAUUGGCUAAUUGCCCUUUUUUAGCUGGUACACAGAAGUUUCUAAAAUACAUGUACAAUACCCAGUGUAUACAAAUUCCAAAACACUACAAAUUGACGGUCUUACAUGCACUUUAAGCAUUUGAUUUAAGUGGAACAAAUUUCAACAAGUUUGAUAAUGCCUCUAAUAAAUAUUUUCUAUUUCAAUAAAUGUUCGUUUAUUUUUACAAUUAAAAUUGUUUUUAGAAAAGGAAAAAAUAAAAAGAAUGUGUCCAUUUCAUUUGUACUUCUCUAACCUCUCAGGCAUUUGGGGCCACUGCUGCUAUGACUGACCGCAUCUGCAUCCACUCGAAUGGCAAGGUCAACUUUCGCUUCUCAGCAGAGGAUCUGCUAACUUGCUGCGAUGAAUGUGGUGAUGGGUAUGUACAGUUCCCUAAAUCACCUUAGUUCUAGAGCAGAUGCUCAAAUCAUGACAUCAAAUUCUUUUCUGCUCUAUAAAUAUAAAAUAAUUUUUUGUCAAAACUGAAUGCUAACAGGAACUGACAAAUGUCAUCAAAUUUUUUUUAGCCAUUUAAUUUACAUGCAUUUAAUUCUAAAUAAAUUAUUUUUUAUUUUAUUUUAUUAUUAGCUGUCUGAAAUAGCGUUGAAAUUAAAAAAAUAUUGCAUCUUGUUUGUUCCAGCUGUAAUGGUGGCUACCCAGCUUCAGCUUGGGAGUACUACAGACAAACUGGCAUUGUGUCUGGUGGCCCAUACAAUAGCUCCCAGGUAUUAAUGGUUUUGGAACUUAGUCAUUGUACAUGUUAAUCGCAGCAUGUACAAUAUUAAUUAAAUUUGUGUACAUGUCAAUGAAAGCAUUUACCAUUUUAAAUAAAUCAGUGUACAUGGCAAACACAGCUUUUGUCAUAUUAAUUCAGUAAGCAUGUCAAUCCCAGCGUGUACUUUAUUAAUUUAACAUCAUGAUUCUCUGCAGCCUUUGCUAAACAUUUAACCCAGGCCUGCACAACUCAUAAUGUAAGGGGGGCCAUAAGACUUUAUGAAAAACUUGUGCAGGCCAAAAUAAAAUAGGACAGGAGGGAAAGCUAUUACGAAACUAAUAAUAAAAAAUAUUUCUUCACUUCAUGAGCCGCAAAGUGGGUGCUGGUGGGCAUGCGGCCAGCGGGCCGUAUGUUGUGCAGGCCUGAUUUAACCAAUGCAUGUGUAAUUGAAAAGUCAUUAAGUUAUUUCAGAUUUAGUCUAGAUCAGAUGGACAUCAUCUCCCUUAGACUUAUUUUCAUUGAUUCUCUCUCAGGGUUGCCAGCCAUAUUUGAUCCCUGCUUGUGAUCACCAUGUGAUUGGUAAACUGCCACCUUGUGGUAAGGAGGAAGUCCCGACCCCAGAUUGUAAGAAAGAGUGUGAGGCCAACUAUCCCGUCGCCUACAAACAGGACAAGCAUGUUGGUGAGUCAAUCUCAACACUGAAAAUUACCUUACACAUUUACAAUUAUGUGUUGGUGACUGAGCAUAUCUAACUUGCAUGAAUGUUUAUGAAUGUAUGUGUAUGUGUAAUAACCUACUUUGUACAAGGCAAGUAGGUUAUUGCACACACACAUACACAAAUUAAAAAAAAAAUUAUGGAAGAACCAAAUAAUGCUUUACAUUUGCAGGUUCCAAGACGUAUCAAGUCAGUGGUGAGGAGAACAUCAUGCAGGAGUUGGUACAGAAUGGCCCAGUGGAGGCUGCCUUCACUGUUUACAGCGACUUCCUUCAGUACAAAACAGGUCUAGAAACAAUUCUUUAAAAGCACAUUUCUUUUACAACUGAUUGCAACAUUAACACUAGACCUGACCUUUAAAUCAGAUCUUGAAGCCUGAAGCAUUCAUUAUUUAUAUGAUGUAACAUAAUGUCCUGUGAUUUCAGGUGUCUACCAACACACGUCUGGGUCUGCCCUUGGAGGUCAUGCUGUCAAACUCAUGGGCUAUGGUGUAGAGGAUGGCACAAAAUAUUGGCUUGUAGCUAACUCCUGGAACCCUGACUGGGGAGACAAUGGUAUGUUUUCAGAAUCUUCAAUUUAUUUGAAUCUUUUUUCUUGACAUAACUUUAAUUUUACAUUUUUUUGCUGUUUAUUUUGUCAAUAUAGUUAUAUAUAUACAAAUGUAAUUUAAUUUUCCCUCAUUCUAUAGGUUUCUUCAAAAUCCUCCGUGGUCGGGAUGAAUGCGGUAUUGAAAGUCAGAUUGUUGCUGGUGAACCCAGGUUGUAAAGAAAUGAACGCUUUACAGAAAAAUAAUUAUGCCAACCCUGGUGGAUGCUUAAAAUUUUUUUUUUUUGUCUCCUUAUUAUAUCAGCAUACAUUUUUAUUUUAUCUCAAUUUAAAUUGGUUAUUUUUAUUGAAAAGUUGAGAUUAAAAUUGUCUUUCAUUAGGGUUUGAUAUUUUGAAAUGAAAUUAUUUAAAUCUACAGGACAGAUUGCAAUGGAGUAUGUCAACGCUUGCUCUCAUGAUCUGAAGGGUUAUCUAAAACAUUCCUAUGUAGAUACUAAGAAUAAUUUUGGAACGCAGUAUAAAAAAAACAACAUGUACUAUGAUGUACAAAUAAUGUACCAAUUAGGAAAGAAUCAAAGCCAAAUUUUUUUUUUUAAUUGUUUCACCGCUUUCACUUCAUUAUUUUUCAUAGUUGAAUUAAGUUGAUAGACAUAAUAAUUCACAAGGCUUGCUGAAGGGCUUCUCUAGAUUUGUUAGGCUAUUAAAUUUAAUAUUUUCUGCUUUAAUGGCUUUGCUCUAUGUUAACCUUGUUGGUGAUGUCCCAUAUUAUCAUGAAAAUUAGAUGUACACUUGUUCUCAGCGUCAGGCGUAUUUUUUCUUAUGCAUCAUGCCCCGCUAAGGGAUCACUUGGCUGCUCAAAAAAAAAAUUGUACCGGUUUAGAAAUAUCUUUGUCCUAAACAAGCAAUUUAAAGUUCCUUUAUAAUGAAAUGUAUUGGUUAAAAACCGUUUUUUUUUGUGGGUGCAUAAUUUCCAGGCCAAAACAUAGGCCUCUGCCAUUCAUUACUGCUAGAACUAGUAGAAAGUUGGUUUUCAAAUUACAUAUUUUUCUUAUGGGUCUGACUGAAAGUGUUACUUAUUGCAUUCUGCUUUACCUUCAUUCUCCACACAGAUAUUUUAGAUUUUGUUAUUUGUUUGCACUGUUGUAAUGCACUGUGUUCCGAUUUUUUUGUCAGGAAACUCUGAAAAUGUAUUUCAGUUUACAAGCAAGGGUAAAUAACUCAUUAAAAAAAAAUUCAAAGUUGUGGUUCCUGCUCAAUGAAUCCGCAACUGACAGAAUCUUUGUGUGUCUGUGUCAGGGAAUAUUUAGUCAAGCUUGAUCUGUCUUUACAAACUAUUUCCAUUUUCUUUUGACUGCCCAACUAAGGAUCUAAAAUUGUUUCUGUUAAACUGUCUUAACAUAUAUCUUGUCAUUUUAUUAUUCAACAAAUAGAUAUGAGCCAUGGAUGUCAUCCUGAUGGUAUAUUUACAUUUUCAUUCUAGCCAUACCAUCUACACAAAUUGUCCAGUUCAGUGAGGCGUCCAUAUCUUGCACUGAUUAAAAGUGACCUUAGCAAUAAUGUCUUACCCCCCCCCCCCCUUCAUUUUGUAUUUUGGUUGAAUAAUGAAAUUCACAAAUAAAUGAAUUAAAUGUCAAAUAAUUA